CCUCCUAAUCGCGCGACUAUCCGCACGCUGUCCUCCCCGUCUUCCCCCUCUACCCCUACUCAGCGCUCUAUUUGAUAAUAAUCGGCCGCGCACGCUUCUGCUUUCGUUCCCCGUCGUGGUCCUUGCAUGUUCUGAACCGCGCCCGGUCCGCAUCUGCAUUUGAAUUGUCGCGGCACCUCCAGCAUAACUUAUAGCAUACCGACCGAAGUACUCAUUACCGCAUCCCACAUCAAAUCUACAUACGCUCAGCCCUAAUGGACAUGGACACGUCUCCCGCAUAUCCGAUCCAGGACCCACUGCAGCAUGUUCCCAUGGACUUGACAUCCUCAUCAGCUCCGUACUCCCACCCGCCCUCCGCAUCCUCCUCAACGCACUCUUCCCCGCACCAGUUCCACCCGCGGCCGAUGCAGACGACACCUGGCUUCUCGCCGCACCAGCAAUACGCGCAUACACGGCAUCACUCACGCGUCUCCAGCGCUGGCUCUGCCACGUCUCUGCACAUCUCAACCAUGGCCGCUGGCUCGCAUGAACACGAGCUCGACGAGCAGACCGCGCACCCCUUACGUGUCAACGGACAGUCGAGCGUCGACAUGCUGGUCGAGAACGAGCAAGGUCACGAACGUGGUCAAGCCAAUGGGGAGGCAGAGACUCGGAAUGGAGACACGGACGCAGAAACAGACACCCGGGACAGUUCGCCUGGAGGAUCAUCGUCCUCCAUCGUCGACGCAAUGGCAGACGGACAAGGGCUCUCGCGUCCGCUGACACAUCAUGAGCGCGAGAACAUUACACAUCUCGACCGGCUAAAGUUCUUCCUCGCCACUGCGCCUUCACGUUGGUCCUCCAACCCCUCCGACCCGUCCUCCUCCCAGGCUGUCCCUCCCGGCCAUCCAUCCUCUCCCCACCCCGCACUCAACCGCUUCCUCUUGCCCAGCUCCGAGUUCGUCUCAUGCGUGCUCUGGGGCGGCCUGUACCACAUCACGGGGACGGACAUCGUCCGUGCGCUCGUGUUUCGGUUUGAGGCAUUUGGGAGGCCUGUGCGGAACAUGAAGAAGUUUGAGGAAGGUGUAUUCAGCGAUCUGCGGAACCUCAAGCCGGGCGUGGAUGCGUGCUUGGAGGAGCCCAAGUCGCCAUUCCUGGACUUGCUCUUCAAGUACCAAUGUAUCCGCACGCAGAAAAAGCAGAAGGUGUUCUACUGGUUCUCCGUCCCGCAUGACCGGCUCUUCCUCGAUGCGCUUGAGCGUGACCUCAAACGCGAGAAGAUGGGUCUUGAGCCGACGACCGUCGUCACGGGCGAGCCCGCGCUGUCAUUCACGUACGACCCGAAGCGCUCGCUGUAUGAGCAGUUCAGCAAGGUUCAGAAUGACGGCGAGGGCGAGCUCGAGGCCGCCGUGCGCGUCGCGGAGGAGGGCUCGGAGGGCCAGUCGCAGUCAGAGAGUGAGGGCGAGAAGGGCAAGGAGAAGGAGCGGCCAAAGAAGGCAACGGGUCCGAACUCGCCGUUCUUCUCGAUGUUCUCACUCUUCGAGGGCUCGCCGACGUACAAGCAGCGGAGAAAGAAGGUCGGCCGACAUCCAAGCUCAUCUGCCGUACGGCGCUACGGACCUGGAAGUGGGAACGGGACGAUGACGGGCGAGAUGUACGUGGAUGAAUACGGCCAGGCGUUUCCGCUAUCUGCCCCGCAACCUUUCGGGUCGAUGUCAAUACCCUCGCGAGUGCCGGAACCGCAGCUGGACAGAUUCGGACGGGAUAUAACGCGCAUGAGCGCGGCGGAGAUGUUCAAUAAGCAGGCGCAGGGCGACUUUGGCGGACAGAGCAAUCCGGAUCUGGUUGCGAGCCAGAAGGAGCGGCAGCGGCGGGCGAUUGAAGCGCAGUUGGUGGCACAAGGGCAGUUUGGAGGCCUCUCGAGGGCACCGAGUGUCCAGCCGGGUCCGUCGCAGUUUGCCCCAGGAAAUGCGAGUGCGAAUGGGAGCAUGCAAGCAUCGUUGUUGAUGCAGGGCACAUCAUCGCCGGCGGGGAGCCCGAUGGUCGUGGCACAGCAGUUGUAUCAGCCUUCGCCUAUGCAGCACCGUCCGAACCUCGAAGCUCGGCAUACACUGCCAUCGUCCACGCAUACGUCGAUGUCUUACCAGCAGCAGCCUGCCCUUCGACCAGACUCGACCGCUUUCCCGCAUGCAAACGUUUCAUUCCCUAACGGAUGGCCGCCAUCUGCGCCCGCUGCAAGACCCACCGCGGCGCCGGCGCAGCGCUCGACGAAGGCGUUCGUCUGCCCGCUGUACUUGUGCGGGCGGAUGUUCAAGCGGAUGGAGCACCUGAAGCGGCACCUGCGCACGCACACGCUCGAACGGCCGUACCAAUGCCAGCACUGCUCGAAGCGCUUCUCGCGCUCGGACAACCUCAAUCAGCAUAUGCGUACGCACAUGCGCGUCGGGUCGGAUGGCGCGAUGGUGCUCGUCCUCCCUGAGAGCGGUUCGAAUGGCGUGUCGGACGCGGAGAGCGAGGAGGUGGACGAGCUCGAGGGCGACGAUGCCGCCGCGUGGGAGAUGCACGGCGUCGCUGGUGAAUACAUCAACGGCGUGGGCCAGAUCGGGAACGUGCAGAUGUACGAGGUGGAGGUGCAGGGGCCGGUGCAGGAGGUACAAGGCGACGAGGAGGGACUCGUGAUGCCCACGGGCCCGGUCAACCCCGCGGCGACGGCGACGGCGAUGGACACCGCCGGGGAGGAGGGCCACAGCCAGGGCCAGGACGCGUAUUACACCGCGGAGUCGAUGGCGCAGAUGACGCGCGAUUCUCCUGAGCAGCAUGGCGCAUAUGGGACCAUGAGCACGCAUUCCUCCCCGGGUGGGCAGUGGACGACGAUCCUGCGGCCCGAGUCGAGCAUGAGCGUGUCGUCGUAUGCGGCGGCGCCUUCGCAAUCCCAGCAGCACGUCCGGAUGGGCUCGGUGUACGGGUCUUCGAGCGAGUACGUCACUUCGAUAUCGGCGCCGUCGCACAAGGCAACGUUCGACCAUGCGACGCUGUACCCUCAGGAUCUGGAGCUGACUGGCCCGGGACCGAUCAGAAGGCAUCGGAGCGCGACGCCUUCAGUGCCGAAGUUUGGCGAGGCGAUCAGGAGGCCGUUCUCUGCGGCCUUGUCGGACCAUGGCACGGCCAAUGUUGCGGGGCAGCGCUCGUUCCAUCCGUAUGCUGUCUCUGGGCACUAUUCAGCGGAAUCGAGUCCGAUGGCGUACAGCAUGCAGCUGGCGCAGAACCCGAACGGCCAGAUGGCUGCUUCGGCAAGUCGGUCGCAUUCGCGCUCGAGUUCGGGCAGCCAUUUGCAGGACCAGAUGGCGCAGAUGGUCACGUACGGCCAGCAGCAGCAGGGCGCUGUGCAGGAUCAAGCCAUGUACAUCGCACACAACGCGUCCGCGAUCCCGUCAUUCGCUCCGACAUCAGAUACGACGCCGAUGCAGUACGCUCCGACGGACUCGUACGAGCUCGUCAACACGAUGCAAACGGGAGGAACCUUCCAGCAGAACAUGUCCGUCUACGAGUCGUAUGCGAUGGCGAAUCCUCAGACCGCCCAAUUUAGCGGCACACACCAUUAUGGCGCGGAGACCUAUCCAUCUCUCGCGUCCGGAAAUCCUCAUCAGGUCCUGAUGUGACCUUUUUCUCAAUCUACACUAGACGUACUCAUAAUCUACUCUAAUUUUGCCAAACGCACUAAUUUCGCCCUCGCAAGGUU